CUGGAGGAUUCAUCUGUUGAGCAAUAUAUGUGAAUGUGAGCGCAGCGAAAAAGGCGUGGCGUCAAGUAUUUAAAGGAGGUCUGAGCCUGAAACUUGCCUGGGAAUCCAACAGAAAAGGCAGCAGAGAAGUUCCUUCCACCUCCACCGUCUGAUCAGAGAUGCCUGCGGAGACACGGUCGAACAGAGACAGAUAUACGGUGGGUCGCUUUCCAUCCGUCACUCUUGGAUUCGGGGACGAUGAGGCGGCAAAGGAAGAGCCGAGUGAGAGUAAAAGAGAGAAUGGAUGUGCCCAGUGGCUGCGUAAGGUCUGUCCCUGUUGCCACCGUAAAUCAAAUGAAGAUGACCACUCAGAGACUGUGGUCACAGGAGUUGAUGACACGGAAAAGGCGGCCGAGAAAAAUGACAAGAAGCCAGUGACCAGCGGCAGCGAGAUUCACGAGCUCCUUCUCACGGUGAAAUCAAUAAACCUGAUGAAAGGCAAGUCGGAGAAGAACCGCACCGAGCAUCACACGGAUCGUUACCACGGCGAUCACCUCAUCAUCCGCCGAGGACAGACCUUCCAGAUGUGGAUCACCCUGUCUCGACCCUUUGACCCGAAAACCGACAAACUUCAGCUGGACCUUAAGACAGGGCCUCUGCCGGCGGUGUCGAAGGAAACCCACGUCAUCGUCCCUCUGGUGGAGGACAUGAAAGGAAACUGUUGGGAGGCCUCGGUCGCGGCGCAGGACGACAAACGCAUCAACCUGUCGGUCAACUCGCCGGCCACGGCCAUCAUCGGCCGCUACCAGCUCACCGUGGAGACAUGCUGCGUAAACGGGCCGGCCACGUCCACGCCGGACCGUGGCAAUGACAUCUACGUGUUGUUCAACCCCUGGUGUGAAGACGACACCGUGUACAUGGACUCUGAGGCGGAGAGGAAGGAGUACGUCCUGAACGACGUCGGGCAGCUCUACUACGGUACGGAGAAUCAGAUUGGCGCGAGGAGCUGGAACUACGGGCAGUUCGACGACGGGAUCCUCGACGCCUGCCUCUUCGCCCUGGAGAAGAGUGGAACCCAGCCGUCUGGUUGGGGAGACUCCAUCAGCGUGGUGCGGAUCAUCUCAGCCAUGAUCAACUCACCCGAUGACCAAGGAGUCUUAGAGGGAAACUGGUCAGGAGACUAUUCAGGCGGCACUAGUCCGACGGUGUGGAGCGGCAGCGUGGAAAUCCUCAAGGCCUACCAUAAAAGCAAAGGGACCCCCGUGAGGUACGGCCAGUGCUGGGUCUUCGCUGGUGUCUUCACUACAGUCCUGCGGUGUUUGGGCAUCCCCGGCCGCCCCACCACCAACUUCAGCUCAGCUCACGACACGGACACCUCCCUGACCACCGACGUGUACCUGGACGAGAACAUGGAGCCCAUCGACGACCUCAACGCCGACUCCAUCUGGAACUUCCACGUGUGGAACGACUGCUGGAUGGCCCGUCCGGACCUGCCUCCGGGCUACGGGGGCUGGCAGGCCGUGGACGCCACGCCCCAGGAGACCAGCCAGGGCACGUACCGCUGCGGCCCCGCGUCGCUCGCCGCCGUCCGCAGCGGCCAGGUCUACCUCAAGUACGACUGCCCCUUCGUGUUCGCCGAGGUAAACAGUGAUAAGAUCUACUGGCAGAGAAAUGCGAACGGAACCUUCACUCAAAUCUACGACGAGAAAAAGAUUGUGGGUCAUAACAUCAGCACGAAGGCCGUGGGCUCUGACAUUCGCGCUGACAUCACAGACCUUUACAAAUACCCUGAAGGCACGGACGAGGAGCGCAUCGCUGUGGAAACGGCGUGUCGCUACGGCUCCAAAGCGAGCGCCUUCACGCAGCCCAGAGCCGAGGACGUCUCGGUGGAGGUGACCAUGGCCGGUCAGGGUCCCGUCAUUGGACAGGACGCGGAGCUGACCAUCAGGCUGCGAAACCGCAGCUCCGAGCAUCGCACGGUGGCCCUGAACAGCCAGGUGGUGGUUAUGUACUACACCGGCGUCCCCAAGGCCACCGUCAGAAAGGACAGCGCAGAGGUGGACGUGCUGCCCAACCAGGAGACAGACCUGGAAUGGUCUCUAGAGUACAAAGACUACAAGGACCAACUGGUUGAUCAAGGCGCCCUGAUGCUGACGCUGUUGGGAAGAGUCAAGGAGACGCAGCAGGUUCUGGCCACGCAGUUCAGCUUCCGCCUCCGGACCCCAGACCUCACCCUGAAGCCGCUGGGGAAGGCCGUGGUCGGGGAGAAGCUGGGAGUGGAGAUCGGGUUCACCAACCCGCUGCCACACGUGCUGAAAGCAGUGAUGUUCAACUUGGAGGGACUGGGCCUCAUAACGGCUCGAAAGAUUAAAUCAGGAGAUAUCGGCCCCCGAGCCACCGUGUCUCUCACCGAGUACUUCACCCCCACUCUGGCCGGCCCGAGGAAAUUGCUGGCUUCGCUGGACUGCAAGCAGCUCACGCAGGUUCACGGCGUGGUCGACGUCAACGUGGAGGAGAAGAGCGGCGCCGCUUCGUAGCGCUCCGACAUCAGAGCGGCUAAUACUGAAGAGCAUUUGCCUUAGAAUGGCGCAACUUUAAUAAUCUAUGGAAAAAAAACAGUGUUAGGCCUCAUGAGAAUAUGGACCAGGUUCCAAUAUACAGAUGUAGAUACUGUGAUAUCUGUUCGUACAGAAGGUAAAAAGAUUACGACGCAGCAGCUUUAAUGAAAAAAGUCUGCUCUUUAUUGAAGUUUUUUUUUAUUUGGAAACACUACUAUAUAUAUUUAUUUUAUUUGUUUUGCUUUGAAUAGACAGAAAAUGUCACUAAAUACAGAAUGUAUUACAAUUUGAUCAUUUGACCCAUAUCUUGGUGUCUUUGUUUGACAGGUAUGCUUUUAUAGCUUUGCCAAAUUUUAUAUAUUGCCUAAUAAAUCUCAAACAUUUUA